AAGACAAUGGCGUCGAACUACUACUCUGCUCAGAUAAAGCAAUGCAUCGAGUCUGGAGCUAGAAGUCAGAGUCGCCAUUUGAAGACGAUCCACGGGCAUAUUAUCAAAACCCUUUCCAUUGUAGAGACGAUUCUGCUUAACAACAUCGUCCACGGAUAUGCGAAAACCAGAAACUCCACUUAUGCUCGCCGAGUGUUCGAUGAAAUUCCCAAACCAAACCCCUUCUCCUGGAACAACCUCCUCAUGGCUUAUUCACAAUCUGGGCACCUCUCGGAGAUGGAGCGUACCUUCGAGAGAAUUCCAAUCCGCGACGGUGUCACAUGGAACUUGCUUAUUUCCGGCUAUUCCUUGACUGGUUUGGUGGGUGCAGCAGUCAAGGCUUAUAAUACGAUGAUGAGAGAUGGUUCUGGUGAUUUGAAAAGGGUUACUUUGAUGACAAUGUUAAAACUUUCUUCCACCAAUGGGCAUGUUGGUCUCGGCAAGCAGAUUCACGUGCAGGUUAUCAAACGAGGGUUUGAGUCUUAUCUUUUAGUUGGGAGCCCACUGUUGGAUAUGUAUGCAAAAGCUGGUUUCAUCUCUGAUGCAAAGAAAGUUUUUUACGGUCUGGACGAUAGAAACACGGUUAUGUACAACUCGCUGAUGGGAGGACUUCUUGCGUGUGGAAUGAUCAAAGAUGCACAACAGCUUUUUCAAGGAAUGGAGAAAGAUUCGGUUUCUUGGACAGCGAUGAUUCAAGGGCUUGCUCAAAACGGACUUGAAAAGGAGGCUAUUGAGCUUUUCAGAGAGAUGAAAUCGGAAGGCUUGACGAUUGAUCAAUAUACAUUUGGAAGUGUACUACCUGCUUGUGGGGAAUUAGGAGCUAUAAAGGAAGGGAAACAAAUCCAUGCUUCUAUAAUCAGGAGCAAUCUUCAGGAUCACGUAUAUGUAGGCAGUGCUCUCAUUGACAUGUAUUGCAAGUGUAAGUGUAUAGACUACGCAAAGACUGUUUUCGAUAGAAUGAAGCAGAAGAAUGUCGUGUCGUGGACAGCAAUGGUUGUGGGUUAUGGCCAGACCGGCCGUGCUGAAGAGGCUGUUAAAAUAUUCCUUGAUAUGCAAAGAAGUGGAAUUGACCCGGAUCAUUAUACUCUGGGACAAGCGAUCAGUGCGUGUGCCAACAUAGCUAGCUUAGAAGAGGGCUCACAGUUUCAUGGAAAAGCUAUAAUUUCGGGCCUGGUACAUUAUGUCACUGUUUCAAAUUCAUUGGUGACUCUGUAUGGAAAAUGUGGAGAUAUUGAUGAUUCUGUUAGGAUAUUCAACGAGAUGAAUGUCAGGGAUGUAGUCUCUUACACAGCAAUGGUUUCCGCGUAUGCUCAAUUUGGAAAGGCCAUGGAGGCCAUUCAUUUGUUUGACAGAAUGGUGCAACAUGGGCUAAAACCUGACGGAGUGACUUUUACCGGUGUUAUAUCAGCUUGUAGUAGGGCAGGAUUAGUAGAGAAAGGACAAAGAUAUUUUGAGUUAAUGAUAGAUGAACACGGAAUAGUACCGAGUAGUGGUCACUAUUCUUGCAUGAUUGAUCUCUUUAGUCGAUCUGGAAGGUUAGAGGAAGCCAUGAGUUUCAUAAAUGGGAUGCCUUUUCCUCCAGAUGCAAUUGGUUGGACCACGUUACUCAGCGCAUGUAGAAAUAAAGGCAAUUUGGAAAUAGGUAAACAGGCGGCUGAAUCACUAAUAGAACUAGAUCCUCAUCAUCCUGCUGGCUAUAUCUUACUAUCAAGCAUAUAUGCUUCAAAAGGGAAAUGGGAUUGUGUGGCACAGUUAAGGCAGGGAAUGAAAGAGGAGAAAGUGAGAAAAGAACCUGGACAGAGCUGGAUCAAAUGGAAAGGAAAAUUGUACAGUUUCUCAGCGGAUGAUGAGUCAAGUCCAUAUUUAGAUCAGAUAUACGCUAAGCUCGAGGAGUUGAACCAAAGAAUCAUAGAUAAUGGUUAUAAACCGGAUACUAGUUUUGUUCACCAUGAUGUCGAGGAAGCAGUUAAAAUAAAGAUGCUUGAAUAUCACAGUGAAAGACUCGCAAUUGCUUUUGGAUUAAUAUUUGUACCCUCAAGCCUACCUAUUAGAGUAGGAAAAAAUCUUAGAGUGUGUGGGGAUUGCCACAUUGCCACUAAACAUAUCUCCAGUGUCACUGGUCGAGAGAUAAUUGUUAGAGAUGCUGUUAGGUUUCACCGUUUUAAAGAUGGAACUUGCUCAUGCGGAGACUUCUGGUAGGUUUCGUCUGGGACUUUUCUGACACACAGAGCUAAGCAUGAUGAUUCUCCAUUGCGAGUCUGACAAAAUCAGAACAGAGUAGGGAAGAUUCAGUUUACUGCAAGUCAGUUUACUUGAACAAGGAGCCGUUUCAUCACCUAUUAUGAAGACUUUAAUAUAAAGUUGAGGAACACUAGGAUUCUGAAGCAUUAAACUCCAAUUGGGUGAAUUGGCUAAGAAAAUUUAAAGGGGCCAUAUAGUUCGACUACAAGAUCAAAAAGAUGGAGAACAUAGAUGAAUCUUGAGGCAUCCAGUGUUGAAGGGAACGGAGAAUAAAGGAGUGCAUGUUUGACAAUUGGACAGACUUUGCCCUCUUCUCACUUUCUUCAAAGACUCAUGCCCGAGGUCUACGAGCAUGCGAGGUUGGAGGCAGAAACGCCUAACUCAAGCGUGAUGAGAUUUCACAAAGGAACAAGAAACAGAGGUACAUCAUUUGGGGCUCAUACAGUGUAGUUGUGAAUCUCACUAAGAUGCCAACGAGACCUUCCAGAAAAUCAUUUGCAUA